UUUCACCGCUCCUUUCCCAUUUCCUUGUUUCUUGGUGCCCGUGCGUUCAGCUGCAGAGUUUUGGGAAGAAAUCUCGGCCUGCGUGGUCCUGCAGGAGGAGGUUCUCCUCGGGACACCCCUCCUGGGGGGAGCAGGUCCGAGUGCCACACAUCCUGCACCCCAGUGGAUCAGAUGUCUUGAAGCAUUUCUGGCCUGAGCUGGUUUUUCAGUGCCUCGGGAGCCGUGGCGCACCAGGUGUCCAUCAUGACCGACUGGGUGCUGCUGGGGCUGAUCGCCGCGCUGGUCGUGCUGCUGCUGCUCACCGUCUUCGCUUUCGUUGUCUACUCGGGGCUCUUCACCGAGGUGGUUGUGAGUGCUGGCUCCCCCCCUGUCGGCAGCAUGACACUGGCCUACAAGUUCAGGGUGGGCCCCUAUGGAGAAUCGGGGCAGCUCUUCACGGAUGGCUGCAGCAUCUCCUCGAAGCUCUGCUCCAUCGGUGUCUACUAUGACAACCCUCACACGGUGUCUCCAGAGAAGUGCCGCUUCGCCAUAGGCCGCAUCCUGAGCGAGGGAGAUGCGAAGCCGUCGGAAGAGCAGAUCAAACGGUUCCAGAAGUAUGGCUUUAAGAUCUUCAGCUUCCCUGCUCCCAGCCACGUGGUCAUGGCGACCUUCCCGUUCACCACACCAUUGUCCAUCCAUCUGGCAGUCAACCGUGUCCACCCGGCCCUUGACACUUACAUCAAGGAGAGGAAGCUGUGUGCCCACCCCCGGAUCGAGAUCUACAAGCAGGACCGCAUCUACUUCGUGUGUCCCCUUGCCCGCCAGGGGGACUUCUAUGUGCCUGAAAUGAAAGAGCUGGAGAGGAAGAGCAGGGCUGCUGCAGCUGUGGCUGAGGACGCCCAGACAGACAUCACAGGGGUCGACACCAUGAGUGAGACGAGCUCCAUCAGCGUGGAGGCCACAACUGACAGCAGAGACACCUCGGUGGCCACCUCCAUCCUGCUGCCCUUCCCGGGCAGCCGUGGCCGGGAGGAGGCGGACAACCGCAGCGAGCACAGCUACAGCGAGUCGGGAGCCAGCGGCUCCUCCUUCGAGGAGCUGGACCUGGAGGCUGCCGGGGACGGGGAGGGAGCCCCGGGCCUGCUGCCUGAUGUGGGCUAUGCAGGCAGCCAGGAGGUCACAGACAAGUGGACCAAGGAGCCCAUUGCUGCUGAGAGAGGAGAGGAGUGAAGAGAGACCUGGCUGCCUCACCUCCCACCGGGGUCUGAGUUACUGGGAACCAGUUGCCUUUCCCACCUCCUUCCUCUCCAGCCAAGAGAUUUCGGUUGCUGAUUCCCCCCAGGACCUGCUCUCCCUCUUUGCAGAAAGGGUGUUUGACCAUUGUUGGGGGUGCUGGGAGGUGGGGGGGAUUUCUGUGGUGCUUGGUGGUGCAGGGUUAGGUCAGGUUGGGAGGACAGUGAAAUGCAUUUGCUGUGUGUGUGUCCCGGCCCAUGGCAGAUUCUUUGCAGGUGUCUGGGAGUUGGUGGUGGAUGUCAGAGAUGUCCCCCCUCGUCUCUGUUGGUGCCCCUCUCACCCACAGCUUCUCUCUGCCACACCACCACGUUUUCUAGCACCAAAGAGCUGUGAGUUGGGUCAGUUGGGUUUGUUCCCCUCUUCUUUCCCCUUGCUGAACAAUGGAAACAUCCUGUGUAAAUGUGGUCCUCCUGGCACUGCCAUGGGCGCUUUGGGGUCUGUAAUAAAGUGGAUGCUUUUCCUCA